AUGGACGACUUGGGUGAGUGAGAUAUUUUUUCUUUAUUCUUUAAUAAAACGUAACCUAUUAUUUUACAAUAUCGACCGUCGAGUCCACGACGCGCGCACGCACCAAUUACCGCAACGUUAAAUGCCAAUCAUAAUGUAUAAUAGGUUAGCUAGGUACCUAGAUUAAUUUGUACGAACAAACCGAAAAAAUAUUUAAUUCCUAACGGCGUUGUAAUAGUAAUGUAUGAACGGAGGAUAGGUUGAGUGCGAGUUGGAGGCGUGUAGGUACGUAUUUUAAGAACACAUUUCCGUAGUCUUAUUCGUGUGCAAUUUCAGCGCUAUUAAAAAUUGCUGUACAAAUCGUCACGUAUCUAUGUGGAAUUGAGAAGUUUAUAGUUUACUCCAUUAUCAAUUAUUAUAAUAUAGUGGUUAACAUUGAAUUUAUGUCAAUGUGAUGGCAUUUUAAUGUAGACAAAAUAUAUUAUAUAUUUUUUUUCCCACAUAAUUUCCGUCACAAAUGCCAUCUUAGUUUCAAGUAGGUUGGUUGGUACCAAACGAUUUUUAUAUAUUUUUUUUUUUUAUAAUUUGCUUACCAAUACCCAUAAUGUGAGUAUAUUUUGUAGGUUAAGAUCAAUUAAUAAACUUGUACACAAUUUUGUAAUUACAAUUUUGGGUUAUUAUUUUUUUCAAAAACUAAAAUCGAUUUACAUUAUAAAAAGAAAAAAAAAGAGCUGAUAUUGGGGGCGGGUGAGGCCACCGUUUAAGCGGGUAGUUCGGAAGAUUGGCUACAUAAAGUUAUUUAAGUUAUUUAAUUUAUACCUGUAACCAACGAUAAACCAUUGAUAACGAAAAAUGAUUGGGAGCGAAGUUCGGUUGUAUUUGGUUAUACAUAUUUUGAGAGGCUGUAAUGUAUACGAUUUUCGUCAAAAUUUGAUUUAAAACUUAAAAAAAAAAUUCGUUUUUUUUUGACUUCCAUGUACGACAUGUAAUGUACCUUCUGUUAAAUUUUUAAGCAUUUCUGUUUAGUCCAACAAUUUCAUCCACAUAGUACCUAUCAAAUAAGUUACGAAAAAAACUCUCAAAAUUUAAAUGUCCAAAAAUAGCUCAAAUGUUUUACAUUUUUACCUCGUCUAUAUAGAAAAAACAAAUAUAAAUUUUUUGUUAAAAUUUCAAGUCUAUACAUUGUUUUACUGAUUUACAUUAAAAAAAAAAACAAAAUUUAAAAUAAUAAAAAAAAUUUGUUCGUAAAUUUCCCUGUUUUUUCUACGUAUCUUUCGGUUUUGCUAAAUUAUUAUAAAAACUACAAAGAAAAUCAAAAAACGACUUUCUUAGUCACCAACUAGAUUAAAAAUGGAACAAAUAAGGUCUCUUGUUGUUCUUCUAUUGGAGAAAUAUUUUUUGUAGAAAACAUAAGCCGCAAGAAUUUAAAAUAAAGGAACCCUAUCGUCGAAAAUGUAUCGGUUUUCAUUUUUCGUCGUUUUUCGGAUUUUCUCGAUUAUUACAAAAACUACCCGAAAAUUAGAAACCGAAUUACUAACUCACGAACCAGAUUAAAAAUACAGCGAAAAAGGCCUCUCGGCUAAUUGCCAAUUGAUAUUGAUAAAUGAUAAUCGCAGAAAUUUAAUCAUCAUUUUGUAUAUUAUCUUGUAUCUCAAUAACUCAUGCCUUUUAUCGAGACAUAUGCCAUGAUACACACGCGCAUCAGCCGCUACGAGAGCGGCAUUUGCGUGACCCGUUGUGCGCGAUUAUUGAAACAUUUGUUUAGACGGUUAUAAAUCUAAAAACUUCCGUACUGCGUUACAUGCACAUUUUUCUCUACUAUGUAUAUUUACACGAUUAAUAAGCGGCCGUAACGUAAUAUUUUUAAUUAACCCGCAGAGUUAAAUAAUUCAAGGUACUCUAAAAUAUGCUCUAAAUCUCGUUUCUCCAAUCGGUCGUUUUUGAAUUAUAAAAAGCAUCCCUCUCUGCUACGUUCGCCAAACAUUUUGUCAUUUUCAUUUUUGAAGUAAUUUACAAUAAAUUAACAAUAGUUCUACAUCGUCCAGAAUAUUAUCAAACAUGGGCACGUCCAUUUUGAUGUAUUAAACCGACUGUAGGCAAACCAAGACUUAUAAUACCUGUACAAAGUUUGUGUUACAAACGGCGCGGCGAGAAGAAAACAAUAAUGUAUUAUUGUUCGCGCGAGUGUUUACAUAAUAAUUUCGGAAUUUGUCGAAAGCGACAAUCGUAGUCGUGUUCGAAUUGAAAAAUAGUUUUAAUCACACAUCGCACACAUCAUACAUAAUAAUAAUACCCAAUAGUUAUCACUGGCCCGCGUUACGAUCAGCGUUUUUACGAAAAAAUAAUAAUAAUCCCGUAAAUAAUAGUUUUGUGCGAGAUCACUUUUUAUAGAUUUUACGAAAAUUUGUUCGAUUUGUUUUAUUAAAAUUUCACCUUUUGACGAUAGUAGACAGGUAACUCGGCGGAACGCAGGCACAUCGCACUUAUAAUAUACGUUUUCUCGGUUUUUAUUUUUUACCACGCUUAUUACAGUUUUAUCUUAUUAUAGGCGAAAUAUUUUAUUGGUUCGACGACCAAAUGACCUUAAAACCAAUCCGUACUAGUUCAUGGUCGAUGACCUUAAGAACUUACCUGCACUUUCCCGCCACUAUUGUAAUGUAUUUAUUUCAUCAUACUGUUUACCGAUCACUUGCCAAAUUGUGUUUCGGUUUGAUUUUGAACUUGUGCUCAUCGGAAUGACAAAUUUGCAGGCAUACAUAUAUUUUAUUUAGGUAAUGUUUAAUUCGCUGAAAAAGCGAGUAUUCGAAUUCCAAAUUUUCGGGGUUCUGUUUUAAAUCGACUAAACCUAGCCAAACCGCGCUAGCUAUUGCUCGUAAUUUGACCGUUAAAGCUACAGAAUUUAAUUUAGAAACGAAAUUUUCACUAUUAAUAACAAAAUGCUAAUAAAUUGUUGUUGGGUGCGCCCAAGGUGCGCCACCGUUGUAGGUAGAAGAGUAGAAUACAUAAAUGUAUUUGAUUUAUAUCUGUGAACGACGAUGAACCAUUGCUAAUGAAACAGGAUUCUGAGCGAAAUUCAGUUGUACAUAUUUUUAUAUUUCGUAAUAUUUAUAAGAUUUUCGUUAAAAUUUCAUGUUAAAUCUUUUUUUAAAAAAAAAAAACUACUACAUUACCUUCGCCUUUUCUUUUAUCAUACCAAGUGCAACUCACAAUGAACGCCGUGUUCAAUUUUGAAGCAUUUUUGUUUGGUAAAACAAUUUAUCUGCAAUAACGAAUAAAAAAAAAGAACUCGAAUUCCUAUAUAAAUAAAUCAAAAGUUAAGGCGGUCGAAAAUUUGACCACGUAUAAAAAAGGCUAGUACAAGUAUUCAGUGAAAAUUUCAGGGCUUUACGAUAAUUUUCAACCGAACUACUACUACAAGCUUACAACAUAAAAACAAAAUCGUAAAUUAUGAAAUUAUAAUGUAUAUGAUAUUGUAAACUUUCCCGUUUUUUCCACAUUUAUCCCGGUUUGCCACCGUAACCAAUCCAAUAGAUUCAACGUAAUACAAUUUUUGUAAAUAUACGAGAAGUUUUCCAAUCGGCGUAAAAUAAGUUGUAGCUAGCCAUUGUAACUUUCCGAUAUUCCGAUUAUUGCUACCGAUAUAAAAUCGAUACCCGGAUCCGAUAUUUAAAACCGAUAACUAUGAGUUGAUACCGGUUGGAAACACGAUUUUUUUUAAAACACAUAACAGAGACAUUUUUUCACGAAAAUGUCGGUUUUGAAUAUAAUAACCCGAUAUCCGAUACCUCGAUUUUCUUAACAUCGGCCGACUUGCAUCGCAACUAUAAAUAAUAUAAUCAAUACAUUUACGAAAACGGAAUUACUAACUUAUCAAUAAUUAUUAUCAUUAUUAGACACUUAUUUACAUUUUGUAGAUUAUUGCUUGUACAUGCAAUUUUUGUCGGUAACCAGUUCCUUAUUUCUGGUCCUCUUAAUUUAAUAUAAUAAAUAGUUACGUAUUUGCGAGGUAAUUUAUAGUAUACAUAAAUUACAAGAACAAUGUAAUUUGUGUUCGAGAUUAUAUAGGUACGUAUAUAACUAAAUGAAAUGUUCCAAAAUAGUAUGUAUAAUAUAUAGUAAUGAUAGCAGCUGAUGGAUUCUAAUUAUUAGUUACGUAAAAUAAAUAAUAUAAAGGUACGUGUCUAAUAAAUUACAUUUACAAUCUAUUCAUAUUAAUUAAAAUUACGUUAAUCGGGUGCCUGUUAAUAUCCAACUAGGUACUAAAAAUGUAAAAACGAAUAAUAUGUACGAGGUACAUUAUUAUGAGAUGAUUUAUAUUAUUUCGUACCAUACCUAAUAUUAUAAUAACACCCAAUAAUGAAUAGGUUGUAUUGGUUGUAUAAAAAAUAACGUAAUGUUUUAAACGAAUAUAUUUUUGUCUCGUUUAAUAUCGUCUUAGUUUUUUUUUUUUAAUACUAGUGUUUAAUUAAUAUAGGUUGUCUUUUUAGAUUCUUAACGUUCUGCUAUGAAUAUAUAUGUGCUUUUUUCAAAACAUUUUAAUAUUUUAUACAAGAAAUUUGGCUCUAAUGCUCAUCAACUUCAAAAGUACAAAAUUAGUUUCUGCUGUUAAAUUUUGUCUUUAGUUGCAUUUUGAAGAGAAGAAGUUUUAUUAAUAAUUGGGAAAAAUCAAAAAUGACGCAGAAUAAAAACGGACAAAUAUGUGGCGUUAAUAUUUCGAUAUUUUAAAUUUGUACGAAUUAUGUUUUCUAUCAGAAAUCUUGUUCUAAUAGAAUAAUGACAAUAGACCUCUUUUUUGUUGCAUUUUUAAUCUAUUUGGUGAGUAAUAAAGUUGGUUUUUGAUUUUUUGUGUAGUUUUCUUUAUUUUUUUUUCUUUCUAUUACUAGAGGUAUCGUGACAAAUUAUUAUUACUAUUCAAAUUUAUGCGUUUUUCGCCAAAAAUUAGGGUUUUUUUUUUCUGUAAAAAUUUCUUAAAAAUUAAUGUCUCUUACAUUUUUAUUACUCUUACUAUAUUUCAGUGUGCGACAAAACUAAAAAAACAAAAAUAAAAAAAGGAACUAUUCAUUUCUAAUAUUAGCGAUGAAAUAGAAAUAGAAAAAAGUUUCGAUGUUAUUUAUAAAAUUAUAAUGCCGGUUGAUAAACGAUAACUGUUAUUUAUUGUUUGUGUGUAAUAUUAAACCGCUCGGUUUCAUAAAUAGCGGCAUUGGUGUUAUAAUACAAACAAUAUCCCGUUUAGCCAUAUUGUCGCAUAUAAUUACUUGGCUGUUUGACUUUUUAUAUUAUUCGCCGAUUCUUACACCGGCCUUCAGGAUAUUAGUAAUAUCACCGUAUCUCCCAUAUGACUGCAGUUUGUCUGGUGCGCCUGAUGUUGACACUGCACGCGCAGUCGGGUUCGUCCGUUCGGUUUCGCGUAUAAUGUAAUAAUAAUAUUGUAUGGGUACUACACAGACGUGUUUAAGUUAUAUGUAUAUAUAUAUAUUUUUUUUUUUUUAGUUUUUUUUUUUUUUCUAAUAAAACGUUCGGUGGAAACGCUACGGGUAUUAUAGGUACACAGUGCAGAUUCUGGCAUGACUCCUAUUUGAUAAAAAUAAAUCCCGGAAAUAAUCAGUAUAUAGGUACUUUUAUAGAUACGCGCAGUACCAGUAGCCGGUGCUGCCCGAUGGUAGUGCGUGUGUUUUUUCAAUUGUGAUUUUCUUUUUCUUUUAUUUCUUCUACCAUUCGUCACAAUAACCGUUUUCGUGAACCGAUUCUUGAAAAGUCAGGGCGCGUAUUUACAGUCGAGUCUUAUUAAAAUCGAAAUGGAUAGAAAUAUUUACGGUAAACUACAACCGCCUCAACAGCAGUACCACGGCACGUACCAGCCGUAUAGAUGUACGAGAAAAAACGGUUCGAAACCAGGAUGUGAGUCUGUCUGUACACCUAUAUAUUUACGUUGGUUAUCAUAUAGUGUAAUACUGUCGACGAUAUUUAUCGAUAAAAAUGACCUGUUUAUUUAUGUUAUCUCGAAUUUUUUUUUCUUUUACCUACGUAUUAUUUUGCCAAAGUUUUUAUUUCGUUUUCGCAAAAUAAUUGUCAACCGUUCUGUUUUUUGAUAUUCACGCCAAACAUCGUUCAUAAUAUUAUGUUUUCUCAGCGUCGCAUAACGUAUGACGUUGGCGACUUUUUUUUUUUUUAUUUGAAUCUCGUUAAAUAAUAACAAUAUUAUUAAUAAUUUAUAUGUACGUAUGUAUACAUUUAUUUAUAUACGGAAUACAUGUUUCUAAUCGCAAUUAUUUAUAAUUAUUAUUAAAUGCAAUAUCUACAUACACUUUGCACGAAUAACUGGAUAAAUACGAUUACUUGUAAUAAAUUAUUCAUGUAUACAUAAUGAAAUAAAACAAAAAUACUUGUAAGUUAUGUAGCAAUCAUGUUAAGUGGGCGGUACGCUUGCAUUUGUUGUCUCUGUCGCUUACAAACGAUUUUGUGCUUUUCGUUUUAAUAUUACAGCGAGUCGACAUGCCAUUAUCAUACAUAAAGGUAAAAACAUUAUCCGUGUAUGUACGUUAGUUAUUUCUGAUAUUUUAAUUUUUAAGCAGGAAAAACCUGUUAUUAAAUUGUGAUAUUUCAUACACUGAUAUCUUGCUUAAAAAUUAAUUUAACGAACAGAAACAACGUGCAAACACAAAUCAUAUUCUUACCUUUAAGUUUGACAAUUAGUCGAUAUUCGCAUUCAUUCUAAACUAGCAGCUCGAAAUUGAUUCUGUGGAACGCAAAUUCGCUGUGUCGUGCGUUUGUAGGGCGGAGACACGAAACAAUAAUGCGUGUGUAGUGUCCUUUUAAAUAAAUUCUAAAGCGGUUACAUCAUAAUUUUAUUAGUUUUACUCAUGUACAAUUCGGCUAAUGUAAAUUUCAAUUUAAAAUAAUUAAUAUUGAAAUUUAGCGCACUCGGUGUGUGUGUGUUUGUAUGUGCAUAUGCGUAUGCGUGUGACAUUUGUGAAGCGCGCAUUAAAAAGUAGGCCAAACCCAUAUGAAGUAGAUUCCAAAUAAGGCACCUAUAUAAUAAAAAAAAAAUUGAACGCAGCACUGCAGACUAUACACACAUGCGGCAUAUAAUAGAAAGUACCUAUGCGUUUAAACGUACGUAAUUAUCAUUUGAAAAAAAAACAGUUAAAUACUUACAAUAUUAUUACAUUAUUGAAUAUUGAUACAAUGGGGUAAAACGAAUGUAUUUAUAUUGAUAAUAAAAUGAAAUAUUGUAUUGAUGACAACGUCCGCGUAUUAGCUAAAAAUUAUUAAUAGUUUUUGUUGAUAGUAAGAUUUUUUUUUUUUUUGCGGUAUAUAAAAUAUAACCUUCGGAAAAUAAAAUUAUAGUAAAUAUUCGAAGGCCGGGUUAGUCACAAAAAAAAAAAAAAAAAAAAACGCGUACCUAUCUAAAGAGAAUUUAAUUUAUCAACUUAAAUACCCUUCAAAAUUCGUACACGAUUUUCGGUAUCUGUAUGUAGCCGGGUCUUGGUCAUAUAUGGAUCUCUGUGUGUGUGUUUUGUUUUUUUUUUUUAAUUUCAAAGUGAAUUUUAACCGUUUACAGAAAGAAAAAAAAAAAUAACUAUUUUUGAGUGAACUGUAAUUCGCACCCAAUAUAAUAUAGUUUGUACGUUUCACUAUAAUUUUUUUUGGAAUUUUAAUUUAUUAAAAUAAAAAUAAAAAAUUUUAAUAUUUAAAAAUUAUACUUUUUUUUUCAUAUUUGUAUUGAUACUAAUGAAUAAUUUACCUAACUGUUUAUAAUAUGGUUAUGAAAUAUUUUGUUGAUUUACGAUGUAUACGUUUCGUGUAAACGAAUACCGUAGUAUUAAUCUUAAAAGUUUAAAUUGUUAUUUUAAAAUUCAAUUUACUAUACGAAAGUGAAAAUUAAAUUAACGUUAAUAUUACGUCAAUUAUACGCUAUUUUUAGCAUAAAUUUCGAACCUGGAGGAACUGGAGGUUAACGUCCUUUUCAUAUAAUAUUCUUGGCAGUUACAAUCUUUUUCUUCUAAUUAUUCACAAAAAACUCGUUGUAUAUUAUACGUAUGUAUAAUUUUCGUUUUGUUGAUAUUUUAUCAUAUUAAAUAAUUGUAGUAUCAAGACGCCAAUAAACUAUACAGUUAUGUAAAGCGGGAUUACAAAUUUAUAUUCUGCUAAAAUACUUUAAAUAUAUUUCGGUGUCAUCAAUGUCUUCAAUGUACUUUUAAAUAUACCUAUUGCACCAUCUGUUUAUACUUUUAAUAUCCUCUAAAGAGAUAACAAAAUAUUCAUUUGUAUUGCAUACUGAAUGUUUUAGAUUAUGAGCGUAGUGAGGUGUGCGUAUUGGUUUUACCAUAAUAUUAUGAUGUGUGUUUUGAUUAUUAUUUGUGAACACCUUUUUUACCAGAAAUCUUGCUCCGAUCGGGGGCGGUUUAUGGUAGCCUAAUUGGCGUAAUGGUCAUUUUUUGAUAUUUUUUGUAGUUUUCUUAAUAAUUAUUGGGAACAUCUUUGGAAAACCAGGAAUAUUUACGCAAUAACAGUUUUUGUUGUUUUUCAUUUUGUUCUAAUUCAUUUAAAUAUUAAGAUGUGAUUCUAAUCCGCUAAAGGAGAUAUGAAACAACUUUCUAUAUUAUUAUUAUAAAUCGUCCUUGCAAAAAAUAAGAUGUAGAUACACUUGAUAUUAAUAUUUAUUUAUUUAUUAAUUUUUUUUUUUGAAAUUAAAAUGCCUGGAUUUUUUGGUUUGUUAUAAUUUAUGGUAGGUUAAAAUAUAUCAUAAUAAUAUAUUACCCUUCAUAUUUAUUGCAAUUUAUGUAUUAUACCUAUUACCUAUAUUCGUUUAACCUAAAAAUUCUAAUUAUUUCGCUAAAAAUAGUGUUAUUUUUAGAUUCUUUAUUGGAUUUAUGAUUCAUUGUGUUCAGUUACAAUUUAGUGUAAUGUCCAAAAAACGCAUAUAUACUAUACCGUAAUACUAUCUGGUAACUCAAUAUAUUAACUAUAUGAUUUAAUGUACUUUAUUAUGUUACACAAAUUCAAAUAACUGCAACAUCUGUAGUGAAACCCGUGGCCGUAUAUUUAUCUUAUGUUUAUUAAUAAAUAAGCAUAUCGUCGCACAUGUAUUGGAGUUGUUAUAAUUCUAUUACAAUCUAACUGACGGGAUAGAAGGCGAUAGGCGAUAUAACGUGCGAUAUUCAUUUUUGUAAUCUUUUUAAACGAAGUAACUCAAACUCCCACAUUCCCAGGUGACAAGUAUAAAUAUAAAAUAAAAAUAAGAUGAAAUAUAAUUUUGAGAGUUAUAAUAUCUCUAGAUCCUAUUUGUAUUAUAUUAUUUCUAUAUUCACGGCUAACGAGUAGUGAAUUUGCAUUUUAGACCAGUGCUUCAACAUAUGCCUUUUUUGAAAAGUGAGAUUAUUAUUUACUAAAUUACUAUUUGCUAUUUACUACUGAGUUGAUAUUGCUUUUUUACGGUAUCCGAUAUUCUGAUAUUUGCUACAUAAAACCAAUGACCGAUCCAAUAUUUUAAAUAAAAAACCACGAGUUUAUCUUGAAUUUACCGAUAUAUCAAUCGAAAAUUCGAUUUUUUAAACGUUUUCGGGUCAAAUAUAAAGUUUUUUUUUCGAUAUUAGAAUAUCCUCAAUAUCGGCCGAUUUAUGCCGAUACUCAUCACCACAUUUUUUCCAUCAACAAUUGACGUAGUGAAGUGAUAAGAAUUUUUAAAAUAGUUUGAAUUCAAUGUGAAUUGUAGGCGAGACCGAUCAGGUCAUUUUUUUAAACUUAAUUGUUGGUAAUUUUUUUUUUACGUAUUUUCCAAAUUUUCAAACCAUUUUUUUGGAAAUUAGAACUGAAAUUCAAAAAAAAGUGAUGUCUGAUUGAUUUCAUGCUGAAUUCAAAUCUGAGUGUUCAGAAUUAUUAUUGCUUUCCUACACCGAUCGGAUCGAUAGAAGAUAAACCACCUAUAUUUGUAUAUAAUAUGCUCAGUAUGUGUUAUACGGGGAAAAAAAAUAUUGGUAUCCCUUAAGCUCGUGACCUUUAAAUGUUUGUUUCAUUAUCAGAUAUAGGUAUGUUUUAGUAUAAUUUGACUAGCUGAACUAUAACAGCUCGUUAGGUUUAUUGAUUUUACUGUAUCUUAAUUAAAUAUCAGCAAAAGUGCAACACCUUUAUAGCGAAAUACCUUGACGCCCACCCGGACUCCACCUUUUUUUGUUAGUAUUACGGUAUUACCGUUGUCAAAAAAAAAAAAAUAAUAAUAAUAAUAUUAAAUACAAUUCUGUGUAGGUUGGUCUUCUCAGUUUAGUUAAAAUAAUAUGUACCAUAGUUUUUUUUUUUUUAAACGACCAGUUGGUUUUAUGAACGUACGGCGUUUGGUUCAUCGAGUUUCGUGUAUAUAUCCGUAUUGUGAUAGUUUAUAAUAUAUUAUAAUAAUUUUAUAAUCCUAAACAGUAUUUUUAUUUAAUAAUUAUUAAUAUUUAUAUAAAAUUAAAAAAUGAACGGUUUGUACAAUAAAUUAUCAUAUUAAUAGCAUACAUAUUUAAAUUUGAAGAUCAAUAUAAGUAUUAGUACUUAUAAUGUAUUUGUAUAAAAUUAUUGUUUGUGGUGUAAUUUGCUUUUAAAUUAAUAUUAUCUUUGUUCGACCAAUAAACAAAUUAACUACAGCAUUUUAAAAUAUAAUAAAAAUGCAUGAGUCGAGUUAAGGGAAAAUUAUUUGCUUCAGCAGAGAUUUAAAUGAUAUUUAUUUUGGCAAAAAAAGAUCAUAUUUCGAGCAGAAACGGGGAAAAUUACCAGUGAACAUUUUAGGAAUAUUUAUUUUUCUACGCAACCCUUCAAUAAUUGUAUUAUAGAUUUAAUCAGAAAAUUUUUUUUAAAAACCUUUAAAAACCUAAAUCGGGUUUUUUUUAAAAAUCGAUAAAAAAACGACUGAAAUGCGUGUAAAAUCGUGUACAUAUUUAUAAGUAUUUCAAAAUCGGAUGAAUUAGUUUUUAAUUGAUUUUUUUAAAAAAACCUGGGUUGUUUUUCUGGAUUUUAUUAUAUGUUUGGAAUCUAUUUAAAAUUAUGGGGCAUAAAGAAAUUAAGAAAAUUGAAGUCGUUAUAGUUAUAUAUAUAGAAUAAUAUAUAUAGGCGCACAAGUAAGAUGAUAAAGUUAAUAAAACGACCCAACAAUGAAUAAUAUUUGUUCAUCGUAAACAAUUUAUCUACUAUAAUAUCAUGUACCUGUCAUUAUAUCUACUAUAUAGGCGUGUGACGUACAAUUUUUAUUUUUAAAGAAAGUGCCUCACCUAUAUACAUUUGUUUUCUUUUAGAUUAUGAGUGUAGCGAAGAAUGUAUUGGUUUUAUUAUAAGACGUUUUUAUUUUUUUAUUUUUUUUUUUUAUCCUGUGUACCAAAAUUUGACCAGAAAUCUUAAUCAGAUAUAUACGCGGGGCACCAUUUCUGAAAGAGAAUUUUGUCCAGAUGGUACUUUUGGGAGGUCAUUUGUCAAGCGGUUUUCGAUAAAAAAUAAAACGUAAGAAAAAUCGAAAUUAAUGCUUUUAUUAUUUUAUCAAUUUUGUUAUUUGUUGUAAUUCAGUUAAAAAUAUUCGUAUAGAUUUGAAAUUUGGACAGAAGACUUAUAUUUACCUUUUCUAGACGUCGUAAAAUUUUUAAAAAAUUUAAGCCAUUUUUGAGCUAUUUUAGACAUUUUAAUUUUCCCAGUUUUGUACGUAAUUUUUAUUCGGUAGGUACUCUGUGGUAAAAUUGUUAGACUUAACAGAAAUGCUUGGAAAUUUUAUUUUUUGAACAUAUGCCGAUUUACAUAUGCCAUAUUGCCGAUUUAAGAAGGGUGGUAAAGUUAGAAUUGAGCAGACUGACUAAGUUUCCAAAUAUAGUUUUUUGAAGUUCAGAUAUUAUGUUUAUAUUACAUGUUUAUGUUAAAUAACUGUAUAUUGUGUACAUAACUAUGUGUUGUAGUUAAAUGGUCAUGAUUACGUAUUGUCAUAUUAAGGGGGGGAUUCGCAAGUUCAAACCCUGGCUAUAAAGAGAAAUAUUUCGCACUUGUUUUCCGUUUUACCUAAAUAGGGAAAAAACAAAUGCAUUUUAAUUGUACCUAGAGACCAUGUUAUCGCUCGCUCGGACGAUUUUAAUCGAAAAAUACUCCUUGAUUUGACUCCUCGGCUGUGAAGAAAAUUUUAUUUCUAUGGUUUAGGGAGGUUAUUUUUCGAUUUUUCCAAGAGUUUUUUUCGCAAAUGUGAUAAUCCUAGAAAAAACAUGGGAAAAACGCUAAAAUUUAUUUUAACUAAUACUCCAUCUAUUUAUGGAAUUUAUAAUGUAGAUUGACAUUUAAAAAUCAAAAGUAGGUUGUGGUUUUAUCCCCAAAAAUAAGGGUAAAAAAAAAAUAUAAAUAUAAAAUUGUAGAGCAGCUUGUUUCUUAAAUAUUUUAGAAAACAAAUUCCGGAAAAAGUUAAUACUUUCCGAGAUAAUGAGUGUACCCAUUUAAAUGGAUCACCUGGUUUAUGACAAUGAUCAUGUAAAUUUAAUUUAAUGUAUAUUAACCGAUAGCGGGAACGCCCAGUAUCGUUCCCUGGUUGGCAAUCUGUUUAGGAGUAUAUUAUAUUAAACCAUAUGUUGAACAUGAAUAAUUCGAUUAAUUAGACACGGACAAACGUAUCCAAUCGACAAAUAUAUUUCGAAACAGCAACCUAUGCGAGUAUACAAUAUAUAUUCAUAAUUCUGUUGUUAUUAAAAAGCGUAAACAUCGAAUUAUUUAAUAUAAAAUAUUUUUAUGAUUAAAAUAUAUUUGUUAAUUAAAUUAGAUGUAUAAGCUAUAGAGAUACCAAUUAAAAUUGUUUGAAACUCAAAAGUAAACACCGAUGUAACGUUGGUACUCGUAUAAAAAUAUUAGCAAUGGCAACUUUUGGAAUAUUAUAACAAUAAUUGUGUAUUGCCACGAUUAUAUAUUAUAUAAUGAAAUGUAAUUCCUAACAAAUGUCAUAACUUGUCGAAAUAAGGACUGAAUCAAGGCCGGUUUUCUAAAUUUCCCCAAUUUUAUACAAUUUGAAAAUUAUUUUUAAAAUUUUAACGACUAUCUUAAAGAUAAGGCUUUUCCGUUAAUUUAUUGCCCAAUAUCCAUUUAGAAGGAAGGAGUAUUUUCGUUUGUCCGGAUUUCGAAAAACUCACCCCUCAUAAAAUGUUCCAAUUUUAAUAUUCUUUUUUUGUUACUUUAACUCCGAUUUUCGAUUAUUUUGUAUACAAUAUCAGAAAAAAAGGGUUAAAAUGAAACAAAAUUGGAAUUUUUAGGUGCUUAUAAUAGUUUGUUGGACUUUGUUUUUUGAAAAUCGGAGUUCAAUGUAACCUAUAAAAAGUAUAAAAAAUAAAAGUAACAUCAACAUACAACUUUUUUACGAGGUUUGAGAUAUUCAUUAAGGUGAAUAAUUGUAUUUGUAUACGAUCAAUUAAUUUAUUAAGUAAACAAUUACUACUUUUUUUCAUACACAUUACUAUAUUCGUUUAAUAAAUUCUGAGUGCAUAAGAAGUUAUUAUAGUUUUACUGUAAGAUGCGUUUUUUUCUCGGAAAACAUUUUUUCACGCAGUUGUAAAACACGGAAUUUCCUUCGAAUGAUACUUUUCUUGAAACAUUUUUAGACAUUUUUAACAGUUCACCCCCAAUAUCCAUUUUUGGAAUUUUUUCUUGAAGAACACUUUCAGUUAGGAAAAACCUUUUGUUCACAUCGUUCCCCGAAAUAUGUGGAUUUUUUGUUUAGUUGCACCUAAUAAUUAAAACAUUUUUUCUAGAUUCCUAAUAGUUUUCCUUAACAAUUUACAAACCUAGCUGACAAAAAAUGAUAAUACAUUGGUUUCUGGGUUAAGUAACAAAAAUCCUUUUUUGAUUUUUUGAAUAACCAGCACUUGAUAUAUAUAUAUAUACAUAAAAUUAAAUUAACGUUUGGAUUAUGAAAAUGUAUUACUAUAAAUUAUAGGUAGGUAGUUUUCUUUAAUUGUAAAGAUCAAAAAUUACCUUACAAAAUCUAAAAAAAAACUAGUAUUCUCAAUAAAAUAUUGGCGUAAAAUUGCCGCCCAUAAAAAUUUAUGCCCUAGCCAACUGCCUACUUUGCCUGACGCUAAAUCCACCAUUGCAUUUACAACAGUAGUCCCCAUGGUGUGAAGUAUGUCUGAAUUAUCUAAUACAUAUAAAAUUAAGGGUUUGCUUGCAUGUACGUGUAGCCAAAUCUUUUUUAACGCUCAGAUAUGUGAACAUAGAAUCCCAUAACUGAACUCGAAGGUCGGAUUAUUAAAUUAGAAUACGAUAGAAUACGAAAAACGUUGGGACUUUUAAUUUAUUAUUAUAUUUUUAUUGAUUUUUAAUUUCUCUUGGUCACACGGAAAAAAAACAAAUUUAGCGCUUGUCAAUGGUAUCACAAGUGUGUAUAAUAAAAAAAUUGUAUCUUAAGAUAAUAUUAUUAAUAUAUUAUGAUGAUACGAGUUUUUUUAAUUUUACGCAUGUAACCUUUCGUUUUGUUUGGAAUUGUUAAAAAAAACCUUGCAGCAUGCAGUUGAUUAAUUUUAGCAACAAAUAUAAUAUAGGCGCAUUGCACAUACAGAUUGAUUGAUCAAAUCCUCGAAGCAAAUUAAAUUUUACUAACCUUUAUGUAACACACCUAAUAAUAAUAUAAUAAUAAUAUAGUUUGAAAUAUAAUUUAAACAUUUAGAAUUUUAUAUAAAUCUAAACUAUAUUUAUAAAACAUCAAUGAAUUAUAAUUUUUUCUGUUAAAGAUUUUAGUUUAGAAUUUUGGACUGGCUCCAAGUUUAAUAUUUAAAAAAAAAAGUUCCGGAAAUAACAUUAGCCUAUAUAAUAUUUUGUAUAUAGCUUUAACACGCCCACCGCACAAAUAUAGCGUAUAGAUCCAAAAAGGUGUUUGGUGUUUUUUUUUCUAUUUUAAAUACCAAUUCACUUGGUGUGCAUCAUAUGUACGUUGUCCUUCGUAAAAAAUUAGCCAGUUAUCUGCGUGCGGCUCUCGUCAUAAACGUGGGCAUUGUUCGGAAUAUUCUGUUGAUUAUAAGAAGUUUUCGUAGUGGAGAUAGUGCGUAGAAAAACCCACAUCUUGAGUGUUCUUUUUGUAUGUGCCAUUAACGUAUAAUAAAUUUUAUAUUUUCUGUUUCCUAUACGAUAUCGUACAGCUACCUUUACACAAUGGUAUGUUUUUAAGUUCGUGUAAUUUCCUAAACACACCUGUGUCAUUGAAAAUUAUAAACAAUUGAACGUAUUCGGAACAUGUAUUUGAGGUUAAUAUAAAACCACGAGCGUGAAAAUGGCUGGUCGAAUUACUGUGCAAUCUAAAAAUCAUACGAUUGCUUAUAUAGGUAAAUUAAUUUUCUUUGCUCAAUAUCUGUUAGGACAACGUACCUGAUAAAACAAUUUAAUUUUAAAACGUUGACAAAUGUAAAGAUAGGACAAAAACCGGUUUUGCGAAAAACUACUUUUUGCGUUGGUUCAUUCCAAAUAAUAUUAAUACGCAAGGUAAUUUCGAAUUUUUUUUGUCAUUCAUUUUUGGCACGUAAAUAACAAAGUAUAGCUAAUAACUAUGAAAAUAGUAGUGAAUUAAGGUCAAGCAGCCCUUACUAAACAAAAACUUAUACAUUUUAUACAUAUAUAUAUAUAUAUUAGUAAUAAAUAUGACGAGUAUUGAGAUGAUAACUAUAGAUUUUUGUAAUAAUUGUUAUUACCAUAUUAUGGUAGAUGCGCAUGCAUUUGUGUUUGUCUGCAGCCACAUUUUGCAUUUAUUUUAUUUCUAUAUAGUUUUGAUUGUAUAUUUUUGAAUAAUUUAUUUUUCUCAGUUCCGUGUGCGUGUAUUUAUUAAAGUUUUGUUUAUCUAUCUAUAGUGUGUCAUAUUGACAUAUAAAUUAAAAUCAAUGUAAUUUUAUAUUUAUACAUUGGUAGGUAGCUAAUUAUUGGCAAAUUUGUAAAAAAUGUAUUUUCAGUAUACAAAUAUUAAAUACAGAUAUUAUUUUAUUAUAGGUAUAUAUUUAGAAUACCUACGUACUUCAGUUAAACACUAAACGAUGUUAUAAAAAUUAGAACGGGAAUGCAGAUAAUUUAAAAAAAUAUUUAUUUAAGUGUUUUCGAGGGAAAUAACGUUUUUGUUUUUCUGAAAUUUAGUAAGCAAAACAGUUACAGUCAUGUUUGUUUUUUUUCUUUCUUUUUUUAAAUAGUUGCAGUAACUUUUUUGUUCGGUAAUAUUUUUAAAAACAGCAACGUCCUGCCUUCGAUAUUAUUCUCUUCUUUAAAUCAUGUUAUUUGUUUUUAAACUUUAAUUUGAACCCAAACGCCAUAAUUUAUGUUCUAAGUAACGUAAUUUUGCUAUGUUUUCUGUUAGUUAAACUGAGAUAGUAAAUGUGUGUGUAGUCUUCUCUUAAAAUUUAAACCAAUAAGGUAUGAUACAUAGGUAAUAAUAAUAUUGUAUUACAUUAUAAUACUUUUAAAUGUGCAUAAUGUAAAAAAAAAAAUCAAAUUUCACGAGACAAAUUUGUAAUGUUUUUUUAUCACGUGUAUACUCGAAUCAUGAGUAUAGUGAACGGUUUCCUUGUAAAUUAUUGUAAAUUGGACAUAAAGAGUCGUAUAUUUUUAAUAUAAUAGUUUCAUUUUCUUUAACUAAAAUAAACUAUAACAAACAGUAGGUAUAUUCAUAGUAAAUAUACUUUGAAUAAUAUAAUAUAAUGUGAUUGUAGUUAUUUCAAUAUAAUAAUAGCAAUAUAGUAAUAAUAAUAAUAAUAAUAAUAAUAAUAAUAAUAAUAAUAAUAAUAAUAAUAAUAAUUUAUUUAUUUACCGAAAUAGAUUUCCAAUUACAAUGAAAUAAAAUGACAGAAUACUAGAUUUAUUUUUAUUAAUCCAAUUUAAAUUUUAAAAUUUUUUACUUUUUUACUUAAUUUGUAUUUCAAUUGUGUUUAUAGUUUAUAUUUUUUUAUCUAAAAUUGUUAAAUUGUAUCGUACUGUGAAUCAACAACAAUUACAUAGGUUUUUUUUGAUUAUGCCAUAUUUUGGCGCACCUCAUCACAUUCACACGCCCAUGUGUUUUUUUGUCCUGCGUGCAUAAAUUGACGUUCCAAUGAUUAACGAGCAUGAUGCAAAAUAUAUAUUCUCGUUAGUUUUUUGAAAAGACGCAUUAUAACAUUAUUAUUUAGACCCACCUAAAAUACGCAGGAACUAUAUUUAUUAUAAAAUAUAUUGAACUUUGACAUUUUCAUCCGGUCAUUUAUAUCGAGUAUAUAUAUUCGUCGUAUCUAUAUGAUACACGAGCACGCUGCAGAAUUUGCGGAGGAUAACUCGUUUUUAUUAUAAUUUAGGUAUAUAUUAAUAAUACAUCUGGACUAACGCCUACCGUACAUGUAUAAUAUACAAUAUACAUAUGCAUAAGCUUUGCAGCUUUCAAUUUAAUGAAUACUAGCUGUUACCAGCGACUUUGUCCUGGAAGACUUUUAUUACUCUGUUGUCAUUCUGUACUGUUGCAAUAUUGUUCGCAUUUUUAUGAUUAUUAGCAUUAUUUAAAAUAUGACUUGCACUUUUUCACUUUUAAAAAUUAUUUGUCUGUGACUUGUAUAUUAUCGGACAUAGAAACUUUUAGAACAUAUCAAUCGAGAAACAUUCCGGAACGUUCGAAAAAUGUUAAGUUGGCUAAAUCGUAUUUGCAGUGAGCGAGAUAACAACAGACAUGAGCGAGAAAGAAGUAUAGGCCUUGUAGUGAAAGGGAUUAAAAGUCAAAAGUUGUCAGUGGUCUAUGACAAGCGCGCACACACUAUUCCGAUAAGCCCAUAGUUCCAUAUGGGGGUACCAUAAAGUACCUUUUAUUGCUCUUAGCCACAAUUUGUUAAUUCCUUUAAUUACUUUAGUUGGUUUAUUUUUUUUGUUUUUAAGUAGGCAAAAAUGUCCUUUAUUUUUGAUUAGCAUUCUAAGUUUAAAUUUAUGUUAAAAUUCGUUUAAAACAAAUUUUAAUUUAUCAUAUAGUUCUAAAUUAAUACAGUUUUUUGUGGACUAGCAUUGUCUAUUACAAAAAGAUUAUAUCUUACUCUUUGAAAAAAAAAAAAUGGCUGGGAGGAGAGCUUCUAAAAUAUGUUGCCUUGGGUCGUAAAAUACGGGAUUGCAUUCCGAUUUCUGAAACAUUUUAGACACCAGAUUCGGCCAAAAUCGUAUAAAACUAUACGUUACAUACCUAUUGGAUAACCACAGUCCCAUGAUAUAAACACCAAAUAGGUGUGAACGAGAAAUUUUUAAUCAUUAAAAAAUGUUCAUAAUCAACCAUCCUAAUCCAUCCCUACCAAAAUAUCUUAGUAUCAACAGGAGGUGCUAAUAGCUACCUAUACAUACAAUAACCAUCAGUAAAUUGCAGUCAAUAAUAAAUUGAAUUAGGGGUUGUGGAGAAUAUCGAGCAAAAUCCGCACAGGGCAGUUAUUUUUAUUAAUAAAUUCAUUUAAUUGAUUUAAAACUGUUUUAAUAAUAAUAUAUACGAGUAUUUUAUGCGUCUUAUUAUUUAGGCUCGUUUAUUUAUACUACUAUUAAUUAUUGCUAUUUUUGUUUAACUUGUAGAUGCAUUACUCGCAGAUUUGCAAAGCACAAUACAGAGGACGAACAAAUCAAACGGCGGCGUAUCCGGGGGUAUAAACGGUGGCGUAUCCGGGGGUGUAAACGGUGGGUACGGAGUUAUUAAUGGCGUUCGAUCCCGAUUACCGUCCGCUGGUUCACCGGUUAUGCACAGUCCAGUUCAACCGCCCCCAGAAUAUUCUACCGUACGAACGCACAAGAUUGAACGGUCGACUUCAAACCCUGCGGUCCGACAAGAACUAUCGGUAAACAUUUCAUUUAGAGUUAAUAUAUAGUUAUUAUGAAAGAUCCUGAUUGAUAAAAAGUCGGAAUGUAGACUACGUUUAAGGCGGAUAAAAGAAUAUGUAAAAAUAAUUGAACCGAAUAGACUAUGGAGAGAAGUGGUGAAAAAAAAGGAAAGGUGGCGGCGAAUUUGGUUUUAGAUGACGAAACUUACGAGGAGUAGAAAAAGAAGAAGAAGAGAGAGAAAGAAGCUAUACGAAUAAUUAAAUACAAAAAUGGUACAUAUUCAAAUUUUAUCAUUUAUCAAGAAAAACAAACUAAUUCUUAAGCACCUAGAUAUUUUAUUUAUAAAAUUACUUUAGAAUAGAAGAUUAUAGAUAAUAUAUUGAUAAUCAACACUAACAUUAGUUAUUAACAUGCAAUUUGUUUUCAAUUUUUUUCAGAGAUCAUAGGUAGUAAAUAUUUUUGUCUUUCUUGAACAAUUUAAAAUUUUGAACAUGUGUUUUUCUGUAUUUAGCGAUUCAUAUGUCUUAUUCAAUGUAAUUAGGUUUUGAGCUAAGCAAAGAAACUAUUCUAUACAUGGUGAUCUAUUUAUUACGAACCUUCGAUUUUCUUUGAAGAUUUUAAGUGUAUUUAUAGUGAACUUAAUUUCUGUUUUUUUUUUUCAAAUAUUGUUGUAGUAGAAUCGUUUAAACUUUAUUUAAACACUGUUUUAAAAUUGUCACCCAUGUUUCUUAUAUCUUAAAUGUACACUAUACAUUUAGAAUAUUCAUAUAGUUACCUCUCUUUUAAACACAGAUUUGAAUAGAGAAUAUUUUCUAAAAUUAUUGAUGCUCAUAAGGUCGUAAAAUUUGUAUAGGAUUUAAUGUUUAUUUUAUUUUAAACUGCUAUGAUUUAGACCGCGAGAGUAAAAAGGAAAGGUUAUCAAUUGUUCAUAAAAAAUAGACAUACAGUUUUUAACCAUCCCUUCGGUUAAAAUUUUAAACUGUUAUACUUCAUAAACGCUAAAUCUAAUAUUAGUGCAAAGCAAUAUGCGCAUCAAAAUUGUUAGAAAAAUAGUCUUUUUCGAAUCUAUGUUUAAAAGAGAGGGUUGGUAUUUGAAAAUUAAAAUUGUAUAUCUACUUAUUUAAGGUUUAAGGAGUAGAGAUAAACCUUUUUAAAAUAGUGUCAAAAUAAAGCUUAAACAAUUUCAACACAAUAAUUGAAAUACAGAAAUCAAUUUCAUUUAAAAUCUUUAGAGAAAAUCGAAGGUUCGUGAUAAAUGGAUCAACCCGUAGAUCACUAAGUGGAUAGUUUUACUUAGGUGUGUCUUUUCUUUUACUUCUAGGAAAGUAAAACCCAAUUUUGAUUGUAGUGAAAAUGAGCUAACAAUUUCACAUAAAGUGCAAAUUUUCUACAAAAAAAUGAAAAAAGGUGUUAAAACUAAAAAAUAAAACAAAAACAUGACAUAGACAUAUAGUGAACCAAGUCUAUAUUGUUAUUAUUAUUUAUUUAUUUUUAAUUAUUGAUUUACCUUAUUCGUUAGAUACCUGGUACACGGAUAAUAAAGUAUGAAUUAAUUAUAAAAGUUAGUAAAAUUUGAAUGAGUUUUAAUUAGAAUUUUUUUAUAGCAACUGUUUAUUGUUGCUUACAGUAAUUAUAAGCGAACUAAAUCAUAUAUAUACUUUUCCUCCUUUUUCAUCUAUUUAUGGUGGGAUUUUGUUUUAAACCGUCAAUUACCAAUGAAUCCAAGUGUAUUCCAAGUAACAUUGAUUUUGGUUUUCUCCUAUCAUAUUGAUGGUGUUUAAUUUGUCAAUGUAAACGAAAAAAUUGUUUAUAAAGAACUAAAUAUCCUAUAUAAAAUGAUUAGAAUGUUAUAUUUUAUUAAAAGUAAACGAUUUUGAACCCAAUUUUUUUUCAGCCUACACAACCUAAAAACGAAUUUAAAUCAUCAAAAAUGACAUCAUCGUUAAAUAAUAAUCUUUCGGAACUUGAUACGUUACUUCAAGAUCUUAGCAAUUCAAGAUAUGCGGAUAAAAAAUGUAAGUUUAUGUAUUCAUGUAUUUUAUAUCAUCGCUUGUACAGCAAUGUCACGUAUUUUUAAAUUAGAUAAAAUUAUAUAAUUAUCAAUAUUGAUAAAACGAUUGUUUUAUUGUUUUCUAAUAUUCAUGGUUCACUGUAAAUCUUGAAAAUAAUAAUACCACUUACACCAAUACCUUCCAUAAACAUAAGGUAACUCAGUGAAUAGCUCAUACCAAUGGUUGUUUUUUUUUCUUUUUAAAUUCAGUAUAAGUGCAAAAUAUAUUAAUUUAAUAUUAUCUACUCAUAUUUAACUUAAUGAGAUUAAAUCAUACAAAUAAUGAUUUUUUAUCACUCUGUAAUUGAGAUAUACUCUGUUGCAGUAUAAGCGAUAAUAUUAUAUAAUAUAGAUCACAAUAAUACUUAAUAUUAAUAACAAAUUAUUAAUUUUAAUUGAAUAUUUCAACAUUAUUGUUGUGGCUCUGAGAAGAAUUUUUUCUUAUAUCUUACAGACUGUAUAGUGGUCCGCGAUUCACUUAGACGAUUAUAAUUUUUCAGAUCACAACAUAAGUAAAAAAAUAAUAAUAAUAAUACAAAUAAUAAUUAGAGCUCGAACAUUUAUGACUGCAUAUUUUUUUCGCGCAAUAAGAAUUAUACUUGAUACUUGUGUAUGAUAUCAAUUCGAUUCACGAAGCCUAUAGAUUACAAUUAAUAUGCAAACUUAUUUUGCAUUUUUUUUUUUGCAUAUUUGACAUUUUGAAGCCUAUAAAUGCAUAUUAUAUUGAUUAUUUCUAGAUUAUUUAGCAUAUAUUUUACAUAUUACAAAUAUAUUACUUAUUCAAAAUGAUAUACUACUAUUAAUUCUUUACCUCAAGACUAGACGAACGUAAGUCCAAAAAUUAUUAUUUAGAUUAUUACACAUUUUGCAUGUAAUAUAUGUUUUCCAUUAAGCCAUAAUAAUGGAAGUCUGUUAAAAAUACUUCUUCUAUAAUUUUACCAGGGUUAUAUGAGCGUAAGUCCUGAUAUAUGACAGGAAAAAUACCUCUUUUUGUUAAUUUUUUGCUAAAAAAUAAUGUGACUUACGUUCGUAUAAUUCUAAGGUACAUAAUUAUCACAUCACUGUUAAUUGUAUUUAUGAGUAAAACAUCAUAAAAUUAGGAGAUUAAAUAUUUAUAAACCAGUGGCGUGGUGGGUAGGCGGCGGGUAGGAAUGUAGAAUUGACUUACUGGUAAUUGGUAUUAUUUGGCAACUUACCUUCUAAAUAAUUUUGUAGUAAUUUGUAAAUAAAAAGUAUUAAAAUAAUGUUAUAAUUUAAUUAAUGAAUAAAAAGUUAUGUUUUUGUUUUAUUUGUUCGGUUUGUCCCAACAUAUUUCUACAAAUUUUGAAUAUACUAGUUGAUCUGCCCGGUGUUGCCCGUGUCAGUAUUAACGUUAUACUAAAUUAUUAUUUAUUUUCACUAUUGAACUAAAAAAAUAGGUAUAAAAUGGUUAAGAUAAUUGAUAACUGAUAAAGAAAAUCGAGUUCAUAAAUCUUUUAGUGAUAUUGCUAGAAUUUUAAUGGAAAUACGAAAAUUUGAUAGCGAGUUACGAUCACAAUACGAAAUUAACUGUUUGAGAAUAUGGCAACUUUGGUUAACAUUAAAUAUUUAGUUGUAGUUGUUUGUUGUAGUUCGCAUGUUCUUAAUUAAUCAAUUUUUUUUUUCUCAAAUUUAUAUUAAUAAAACGCCGAAAAAUUCGUUGAGCAGUUUUCUGAGAGUUUGGGAAACAUAUAUUAAGUUCCGAUGAUAAAAUAUUAUUUUACAAAUUCUGUGAAGUUAGAGUAUCUGCAACUAAACGAAUUUUAGUAAUACAACAUACAAAAACAGUAAAGCAUGAGCAUGCAGUAAAUCAAAGAAAAAUACCAACAGUUUUGAUAGCUAUAUUUUUUUUUAUUAAUAAAGUAAUUUUAAAUAUACAUUCAAAAGAAUAUAUAUAUUUUUUAAAUUAAUAUUAAUCUUUUUUUUUUGCAUAUAUUUGUUUAAAAAAUAAGUAUAUUUAAUAUAUUUUAUGGCAUAUAGGUAGUUGUAUAUUAUUUUGACAUUUUUAAAUGCAUAUUUUAAUACAAUUUUGGUCAUUAAUAUUCAAGUUCUAAUAAUAAUAAUAAUAAUAAUAAAAAAAUAAGUAACAUGGGAAUAGUCAUGGGUUAGUUAUUUCAUCAGCUUUCAAUUUAUUGAUAUUAUACAAAAUUAAAAAAAGCCAAUACUGAGAAUGGAUAUGCCACUGUUGUAAUUGGGAAGGUAGGCCUCAUAAAGUAAUAUGAUUUAUAUCUGUAUACAGCGAUAAACCAUUGCUAAUGAAAACCAAUUCUGAGCGAAGUUUGAUCAUACAUGUUUUGAAAUGCUGUAAUUGUGUAGAUUUUCGUUAAAAUUUGAUUCUUAAAACACUUAUAAAAUAACUGCAUCACUACGCUCAAUUUUUUUAAAACAUUUUUGUGUAACGUAAUUAAUAUACAAGUAAAGUAGAAACAAAUUGUUGAAUAUUUUAUUAUUUUUAUUGAUAUGGCUCAACUUGUUCAUGAAAAGUAAUUAUACCUAUAUUCAUGAUUUUUUAAAAAUAUCUUUAUUAACUUGUAGUUUGUUUUUUUCGCAGUUGUUAAUGGAGAUUCAUAUUCUAUUCCAAAAAAAACAAGCAAAAUUCCAACUCGUCCAUCGGUGGAUUCGCUUCUAGAUGAGUUAGAUUCGUCUAUUUCUUCAAAAAGGUAAAUUUUUUAUAGAAUUAGUUAAAUGUUAUUAAUAUAUUAAUUUUAUAUUAAUUUUGAAUUAGUUGAUAAAUGAUUUAUAUUGAUGUACUCGUGGGUUGCUUGUGAGUCGUGGAGAAAUAUAACGUUUCAUUUUUGACGUGGUGUAAUUAUUUUGUAUUUUAUUGUGUAAUAAAAAAAAGGCGAGUGUUUUUUCAUCUAAAAUCGUCGAUACUUAAUAUUAUAAUAUUUUAUGAGUUGUUCUCUUGCAUAGCAUCAUAAUAAAUAACACCGAUCAAUGUCUAUAAAAUUCUAGAUAUUUUUGAACAUUUUAAACUGUCAAUCAAAUGGAUGUGUUUUUGAACGGUUGAACAUUUAAAAAUAAAUAUUAAAAUUUAAUAUUACACAAAGCAAAUUAAAGAAAGAGCUGAUACGGGGGACGGGUGUGGUCCCUGUUUAACAAAAAACGAUUAGAAGCGAAGUUCGGUUAUAUAGGUUUUGAAAGGCUGUAAUAUUUAUAAUUUUUGUCAAAUUUUGAUGUAAAACUUAUAUAAAAAAAAAAAAAAUACUACAUUAAACUUAAUUUUUUUAUACUACAAAUUACUAUUUAUAAUGAACUUCCUAUCAAAUGUUCAAGCAUUUGUGUUAAGUCAAACAAUUUAUCUGCAGAUUACCCACCAAAUAAAGAUAACUUAAAAAACUCGUAAAAAAUUAAAAAUUUUUUCAGGAAAGUUUUACCAAGUCCAGAAAAAGUAAGUAUAAGUUUUCUGUUAACAUUUUAAGUCUUUAAACUAAAUUAUGUUAGUUAAGUGGUUGUAGUUGAAUUUUGGAAAUACGACUUCAAGGUGUAUACACUAUUACAUAAAUCCGUUCAUUCACUUAUGUACGCAAAUUCUAAAACCUUUGCUUGCGAUAAAAUUAGUUAUGAAUCAUACACAAAUAAAAACUUUAUUAUUAUUAUUAUUAUUGAUUCAUUGUAAGUUGUGUGGGUCAUACUCAGGGUCGUCUCCAGACACUCGCCCCCAUCGCCCCCCCCCUCUCAUAAGGACAUCCCUGGUCAUUCUACAUAUCAGUUUGAUAAUGUAACAAUUAUUCUUUGGCCAAUCGCUGCAUACAAGUACUGAAAGUGUGAAUACGCUUGACCAAAAAUUGUGUUAUUUCUAAAUUAUAUCACUAUUUAAUUGUUUAUUAUGUGUAAGCAAGCACUAUAAUAUAUUUUUUAUUUUUAAACCAUAUUCCAAUGAUGAUUUUCUCGGAGGAAUUAAAAGUAUUAAGAUUUUUUUUUUUCAAAUCAAUAGUGCGUUUAUACUUCAUUUGUGGCUUGGUGCAAGAUGGGCUAUUUUACAGAAACAAAAAAAAAGUGAAAAAAUAUAAAUUGAAAAAAAUUAAUUUAUUUCCAAAAAAUGCAUAAUAAAAAAAAAAAGGGUCCAUAAUUACUAUGACACAUUUUUUUUUUAAAUUAUUGACCGUUCUUUCAUCAAGCGACAGAUAUACCUUUCAAAUGAUUUGAGAUUACAUCGUUUUAAAACGAAAACUUACCACGUAAACACUUUUAAAACGUUUUAAAAAUAUCAAAUUGUUUUCAAACUUAAAUCGCUCGCGCUAUAUAGUUUAAGAAAUUAAAACUGUUUAUCAAAUUAACUUAAAAACGUGACAGCUAAUUAAAACUUAUCAUUAUUAGUUUUUGUUUGUUCGUUGCGAGAUUAAUUAUUAUUAGGUAUUCGCUGUUUUAGUAAACCAUGUCUCUGUGUAUUAUUUUAUGUUCCAUUAAAUGUUUACUUUAAAAUAAAAUAAUAAAAUGUACUUUUAACUCCCGCUCCUAAAUACGAUAAGUUUGUUUCCACAAUUUGGAUUUUAAAACAGCAUCCCCUCUUCAAAUUUCGAAUUUUUAGAAAACAUAUUAUUUUCUAUUUGAAUUUAUGUUUAAAAGAAGAUUGCUGCUUGAUAUUUUUUAUUGUGAACGUAUUGAACGUUAUUCAGUUAAGCGAAUUUCCCGACAUUUUUCUAAGUACGUCAUGCGUUAUUUAGGCGAGAAAUUAUUUUGUUUGUGUUUAAAAUUGCGCAUUUGUGUGAAUAUAAUAUACAAUUCAACAUGAAUGUUGUAAGUUUCCGGGGAAGCAACAUUUAUAUACAAAAACGUAUUAUUAUUACUGAACAUAUUACAAUAAUUAAACCGGGAUUCUACGUUACCGUAAAUAUUAACCAAUUUAAAUUACUUAUUGUUUUUUUUUUCAGUUAUUUUAAAAACUACUUUGAAAAUCAAAAAACGACUUACUCUGACAUUGGUGAAAUAUCAAUAGGAAUAAAUUCGAUAUCUUGUAAUUUUUUGAUUUGAGUAAUAUUUCUGGUAGAAAACGUGUUAACAUAAUAAAAACAAUGAAAACAGUAAUGCUGCGGCGCGCCAUAAAUAUUUGUCGUUUUACCUAUAAUUUCUUUUCGGGUUUUCCCAAUAUUUUAAAAUCCCAUGGAAAAUCAAAAAAUGAUCUCCUCAAUGUGCCAACUAGAGAAAAUUACUAUUCAAAAAAGUUGCUAUAGUCUAUAUACUUCAAUGCAAGUUUUCUGGUAGAGAAAUUAUUCACAGAUAGAAAAGAAAAACUCAUAGUAAAACUAAUACAUUCCUUGCUCCACUCAAAAUCUAAAAUGGAUAUGAAAUAUAAAAAUAAUAGUUGAGUUUUAUAUAAUUGUUUCUCUAACGUUUUCAAAUUUAAUUUGUUUAGUAAUAAAGGACAAUUGGUUUCAAAAAUGAUGAUGCAAGAAACUACCUCAACGACUACCCGUACCGUCUGCCCUACUGCUUCGUCGGCUACUCGAGAACUAGACGAUUUAAUGGCUUCGCUAUCCGAUUUCAAGGUGAGAAUUUACGUAGAAAAUUAUCUUUGUAUUUUUAUGGCUUGUAUUUUGGCAUCCGAUUUUAUUUGAACGAAAUAAUGUGUUUUUGUGUUUACGUUAUCGUACAAGUUAAGAACAACUGCGCGUAGUUGUGUUUAUUAUUAUUAUAUCGGUAGGUAUUUUGGCACCAUAAUCUUAUUUUGACAGAUAAUUUCGAUUAUAUUUUGUUAUAGAAAUUAAAAAUUCUAAAAUCUAGGCGAAAAAGUGAUAAAAUAAUACACAUGUGGGAUAGGUUAAUUUCUGAACAUUUUUAUCACUAUGUAAUUAUGGUGUACCCGGUUUACUUUUAUUGUCAUUAGGAUUAUCCUUCAAAUCAUUGUAAUAUUUAACGGUUUUAAUAGACACUUCAUUUUAUUAAUAUAUAUUAUCAUGCGGUUAGGUAUACUAACCUGACCUUCAGUAUAUUAUAAAGUAGUUCUGAUGAGUCAUUUAAAUACGAAAAUGUUCAUAUUGUUUUUGCUAAUAUAUUAAUUAGGUACCGACAUUUUUUCGAUUGUUUUUUGACUAAAAAGUAAAAUAAAUUUUAACUGAUAUUAAAAGUAAUCACGGAGCAAAACGGAAAAAGAAUAAUAUCGAUGUUUAAGGAUGUCAUUGACGUAGGUAAUUUUUCAAUUUUCCAAAUAAAAUAAAAAACUUACCUUCUUAAUAUUUUCAAUAAUGACCAUUACGUAAAUGUGUAGUGUGUCGGUACUGUGUGCAAAACAUGCCUGAUGAUUUAUUUUUGGGUAAAUUUUAUUGUAGGUAAAUGAUAUAAAUCAGACGUUAUACUAAGGGAAUUUAGGUUAAUUCACGUAUUUUAUUAUCGUGUCGUGUGCAGAAAUGGAAACAACCUGAAGACAAGUGAUACGCGUGAGCAAUUUAAUGUUGUGCCAAAAUAACUUUAAAAUUAUCUAGAGAUAACGGACAAUGCGAUGAUAAUUUAUCAGGAUAAGAAGAUAGAUAAAACUAUGUAAAUUUCAUCUAGUUAACAUCUAGUUAAAAAACUAGAUAACGAUAAACUUAUUUGUAUAUAGACAAAAACAGAUAAUGUUUUAGUUUUUAGGUUUUAAAGACUCACUAAAUUAUAUCAUGUGAAAUAGUAAAAUAUAAAUUUUUCUUUAUAUGUCACUUAUUUGAUAAUGAAUUAUGAUUUAUGUUUCAUAAAGUCAUUAAAAUUUAAUUAUUUAUUGAUCAUUAAAUAUGAAUAAUAAAUAUUACACUACACGAAUAUCAAUAUCAAUAUUACCAUUUACUACUCACUAUAGUAAGAUACCUUAUAUUUUAAGUUAAAGACCUUAAUUAAAACAAACUAAUAUGUAGGUAACAAAAAGUUGUGCCUUCUGAACCCUAAUUUACUAUUUCGUACAGCAUACAUGGAUAUUACAUCUUAUUAAGAGUUGAUGUUUCAAAUUAAUAUAUUAUAAAUUAUAAUAACCAAAUUAAAAUAUUUAAAUAAAAAAUGGAAAAUAAGUAAUUUGUAACAUAAUAAACAAUUAUAUUGGUUUUAUUGGUUAUGAUUAUAAAAAUCAGAAGUCAAAUUAUCUAGAUAAGUGGAUUAUUAGACUCUCGGGCUAUAUUCAUAAAUUAAAAAGGGUUCGCGGGCCAAAUAAUAAUAAACGUUUAAUAUUUUAGUAUUAUUUAUUAUGAAAAUAAUAAAAAAAUACUGUUUAAAACAUUAAAUUAAUAAAAUGCAUAAAAUACAAAUUGUAGGUUUUAAUAAAAUAAACAAAAUCAAAACAUACAAGUAGGUAUUGAAGUUACAACUGUUUGUUAAAAUGCUUAAUGUAAUUUUAUUGUUGGAUAGUGUUCACAAUUUUUUCAAUUUCCAUAUUAAAAAUAUUUGUGUUUGCUCUGAGUAUUGGUGGAGAUGGUUAGCUGUUAAGCGGAAUCUGUAGAAGUUUUUAAUUUUUUUUUAUAUGAGAAAGCCUGUUUACGCAAUUAUGUUGAUCCAAACGUUAAAUUAUGUUGUUUUAAAAUUUAAAAGCAGGCCGUGUAAAAAAACCGCGUGGACCUGCUGCGGGUCGUCGGUUACCGACCACUGAAAUAGAUAUGUUUUCCUACGUUUUUCUUACUUAAGUGCUUUUAUUUGAAAAAUAACGCCGAAAAUUAAAAAAUGACCUUCUGGAAUGUAAGGUUAUAUAUGUAUGAGACAAGGUAACUGAGAUUAUCUCGGUGUGUCCCACCGUGUUCGACGGAUUUUUCUUGUGCUGUUAAUAUUCCUUUUUAAAUUCCGAGCGUAACGAAGGAACUAUUGGUUUUACUAAGAUGUUUAUUUUUUUUCUUUCUUUCUUUCUUCUAGUCUAUGGACACGUUUUUUCCUAGUAAAUUUGCUCCAAUUUUUACGUGUAGCAACUUUUCUAAAGGCUUAAGUUGUCUAGAUUGUAUUUUAAACAGAUCAUUUUUUUUGAUUUUCGAAGCCAUUUUUUAAAUAAAAGCGCUUAAGUGGAAAAAACUUAGGAAAACAUACAAUUUCACCAUUUCAUUAUUUUAUAAAAACACUACUUGAAAAAAAUGAUUUAAUUAAAAAAUCACAAGAUACCUUUCUUGUAGCCUUUUGAUUUACUUUCUUACGGUGUCAUUGCCAAAAUUUUUGAGUUACUUUUUUGAGUUAAAUUUUUUUGUUGUAAUUCGGUUAUAAAUACACGUAGAGACUUAAAGCUUGUUAAUAAUACUUAUAUUGGACUUACCUAGAUGUGGUAAAAUUUUCAAAAUCAUCGGAAGAAUUUUUUUUUUUAAUAAGCGUUUUGAAAUCAAAUUUAAAUGAAAGUCGCAAAAACAAUGACGGUACUUCAAAUUAUGAGUUACCGAACUACUCUCGGAAUCAUCUCUCAUCAAGCAAUGGUUUAUAGUUGCUUACAGAUAUAAUGAAAUAACUCUAUGUAUCCUACCUUUACAACUUCUCACCUUCAACAGUGGCCGCUCUCAUCCCUAGUAUCAGCUCUUUUUUUUCUUUUAUCUGUAAACAAAUUGUCUACCAGUAAUUUUCCUCAGAUUUAUAAUGGAAGCAUUUUUUACAAAAAAAAAUCUGGCCGGGAGGUACUUUAGGGAAGUCAUUUUUUGAUUUUCCUAAGAGUUUUCUUAAUAAAUGGGAAAAAACUUGGAAAACGUUGGGAAAACGGGAAAAUAGGUGCAAUAUUAAAUAAAUAUUAUAAAAGAAAAUGUUCAACGCUUAUUUAAUUAUUUAGUUAAUAUAUUGUAUAUUAUUUAUUAUUCUUAUACAUUUUUGAAUACAUAUUUGGCUGAUAUUUCCCCCUUAAAAAUACGAUAAAUCUGUUCAUUUUUGUAGAUAGAUAACAACGUUUUAAAUAAUUCCAGUCAUAUUUAAUGUAGGGUUUUAUUAUUUGGCAUACAUUUGAGUUACUUAAAACUUUAUGGGAUGAGCAAAAUUAAGUUGUAUAAUUUAUUUUUCAGGGAUUUUGCCAAAAUUUCCGUUUACGUAAUUACUUUACCUUGAAUAAUUUUUUCAUCUUCAAACUCUUAUUUAAUAAAAAAUAAAUGUAUUUAUACAUAAAAUAUAAUAUGCAAGUCCGUAAAAUUAGGUCAUGCAUAUUACAUUCUAGAGCAGAUACUAAAUUAGUUUUGCGCAGUAUCACUAAAUAAUAUGGAUUCAAAAUGACUAGUUCAAAAUGUCUUUGUCCGUGCAAUUACUAAUUGGAUUAAAUAUUUUUAAAAAUUAAUAUUUUAGUAAUUAAACCAUUGUGAUUCAUUAAAACUUAAUUUGUGAAAGUAUUUGAAUUUUGUUAUAUAUAUAAAUAUAAUACCCUUAUUUUCAACAAUGGAUCCCUUUUUUUGCAAUAAUAGAUCUUAUUAAAAUGAUGCUACAAAAGUUUAUCAUUGGGUAUUUCAAGUCAUUCAUUUUAUUUUAUCAUACAAUUCAAAAUGAUAAUUUAAUAAGAAUUAUAUAUAAAAUUGUGAUCGAUUAUUCUACGUAAUUCAGCGUACAUUUUUGAAGGACAUUCGCACAUUUUUAAUUGAGUAAAAAUUAAGGAAGCUAUUAAUGAUUUUUUUUAUACGAUGUAUUUUCUUCUCGAAAACUUAUUUUGGGAAAAAAAAAUUAUGAUAAAAAUUGAUUCACAAAAUAAAGUAAUACGUAAUUUUAAAUGAAUAUUAAAAAAAAUGAAUUGUAAUAAUUUCUUACAAAGGAGUAGCUGAUGGUCACGGAAAUACAGUUAUUGAUGAAGUAUAAAUACGGCAAUUCAUUGAUCGUAAUGAUCGAAGUACUAAAAUACAACACAAUGUGAAAACGUAAUAGUUUAUUAUUUGUUGUUAUUUAUAUUUAUGGAGCUAAAAGUGACUGGUUUUUUUUAUUUUAUACAAUAUAUACAAUAGAAACCGUUAAUGACACUCAAGGGAAUAUUUAGUUAAAAUUAGUCAUGAUAACCUAAAUGAUAAAAUAAAAUGUAAAUCUUUAUUAUGUAUAUGUUUAUAUGAACUUAAUAUUGUAUUACAAUCAAUGUGUCAAAUUUUUAUCACUAAAUCGAGACUUUAGUACUUACAGAAAAAAAAAAAUUAAAAAAAAAAGUUGUACAAUACAUUUAGUAUUAUCGGUUGUUAUAUUUCCUUCGAUAAAAGUUUAAUACAGCCAUUAUAGAUAACAGAUUUUUCCAAUAUAACCAAAAAUACUCACAAUAACAUCCGUGUAUUAUAAACAGACGUCAUAGUAAUCGUUACUAAUUAGUACAUAGUAGUACACAUUUUGAAAAGGGGUCAUGGGGAGUAGUAGUAUAGACCCGUUUUUUUUAACAAGUGGGGGGAUAGUUAAAAGAAAUAAAAAUCAAUAUCAAAACAUUUUACUUUCAAAAAUUGUUUUAUGUAUCUAAUAUUUUGUUUGAUUUUAAUUAUUUUAUAUACAAAAAAUUAUAUAUUUAUAUUGUUUAUUAUGAUUUAAGCUCUAUAGUAAUUUUUUCGGCUUUUUUGUGGGUGUAUGUGAGUGGAUGACCUCGCUCCCUAACACCAUUUGUUGCCUCUGAUUUUUAAAGGGAAAUCAUUACGUGCAACAUACUAUACAGAUUAAAUUCACUGAGAAAACUAAAAUCGAUAUCAUCUAGAUCUUUUUUACCAAUUCAAAUUUCAAAUCUGGAUCCUUAAUUUUCUUCUGCUUUAGGUGUUAAAAUAAGGUAUUUUUCACUAAAAUUCCAUAUUAUAGUUUAUUAGUCCAUACUGUUAAAAUUAACAAUUAUAUUUUAUUUAUAUUGAUUAAGUAGCCAAAAAAAGAUAAAUAAACAUUAUUGUUUACUGUAUACAGGAAAAUAUUUAUUAAAUAUAUGUAUAUUAUUAAUAUUUAUUAAUAGAAGCUGGAAUAAAUGGCAUAAUAUAGAUCAUAUGAUCAAAACAAACACAAUUAUAACUAAAACUACUUAUUUAUAUAACUUCUAGAAGUGUACUAUUAAUAUGAUUAACUGUGUUUAUUACAGUCCAUAUUUCAAACUGUACUAUACGAAGUACGAUAAAAAAUAUUUCAACAAAUAUUAUCGAUCUUUUAUGGUGCGGUAAUGGUUGGUAAAUGACAACAGAGCUGAUUCUAAAGCGUGCGUACGUCGUCACGUCGGGCGGGAUUCACGCCAACCAUGAUGCGUUAGUUACUAUACUAACUAGUUAGUCAACUACACUACUCAAAACCUUUUUUAUUUUCUUCGGUAGAAAGGGAACUUUAGUGCCUUGUGCAGACCAGAAGGCUACUUUCAGUUGUUUUACCCAUUAUUGGUAGUUUCCAGAAAUAACUUUUUAACGAGACUUUUCAUUUUGUCCCUUCUCACAUGCGGGCGGAGUUUGGCAGCUAUUUGCAAAACAACUAAGUUUUAUAUACCGAUGGUUCUUUCAUAGACGCCUCACAAUCUAAACAAUUCUGUCAGUAGCUAUCAUAAUACAAUACAUAAUAUAAACGCUGUAAAUUACACUUUACUAUUUUAUUAUUGAAAAAAUAAAAUUAUUGUUGCAAUAUCAUAAUUUAAGUGUGCCUGUAAUACUCUUUAUUAUACAAACUAUAUAAUAAUUAUAAUAUUUACAUAAAAUCCGUUUCGUUGACAGGUAUCUAGUCCAGUACAAGCAAGUUACGCUACCGAAUCGGUAGAUUCUGAAGCACCGCUGGAUUGUAUGCUCGGGAGUCUGACUGCUGAGAUGAAUAGACAAGGAGUGAAUACAACUCAGAAGGGCUGUUGCACUGCGUGUGACAAGGCCAUCGUAGGACAAGUGAUAACGGCCUUGGGGAAGACUUGGCACCCGGAACACUUCACUUGUGAACACUGUUCUCAGGAACUAGGGACCCGGAACUUUUUCGAACGCGAAGGACGGCCGUAUUGUGAACCAGACUACCACAACCUGUUUUCGCCUAGGUGUGCUUACUGCAACGGACCCAUAUUAGACGUAAGAGAUUUUUACUGAUGUGACUUGGGCGUAUUUUGUUGUGUCUAGUGAUGAGCUGUUUUACUAUUUCGUUUCAGAAAUGCGUGACGGCACUGGAGAAGACGUGGCACACAGAACAUUUUUUCUGCGCCCAAUGUGGCAAACAGUUUGGCGAGGAAGGGUUCCACGAAAGAGAUGGUCGCCCCUAUUGCAGAGACGAUUACUUUGAUAUGUUCGCUCCCAAGUGCGGCGGAUGCAGCAGGCCCAUAAUGGAAAAUUAUGUGUCAGCCCUAUCUGCUCAAUGGCAUUCCAGUUGCUUCGUGUGCAGGGUAAGCCACUUUUUUCAUUUUAAAUACUGUAGGGGAUUUCUUUUUUUUUUUACAAAUGUUUUUAAUAUUUUGAACAGUAAAGUUUUAUUGUUGUAGUUUUGUACCGCGAGUAUAUUUUUAGAAAAACUUUUGUAGGUUGUAAAGAUUUACAGAUGUGUAUUAUUUUCACAUAAAAUGUGUUUGGCAUUGGCCCAGUAAUGACCAAAAUUCAUUGCAGCUAUUAAUAAAAUCUAUAUGUGUGUAGAUAAAUUAAAACUAACUUGCUAUUAUAUUGAUAUCAUUAACUUUUAAUUAUAAUGAAAUAUCAAUUGUUUAUUAUUAUCGAAAAUACAUUUUAUUGUAUUUAUUUUAUGUGUUACAAAUUAAUAAUAUAAUAGACUUAAUGGCAUAUUAACUUACAAAAACCAAGUUUUGUUACAUUUAAUAAUGGUUUUAUUUUAUAAUAUUGAUUCAAUAUUUAAUUUUUUGUUAUCUUUGUUACUGUCCAAUUAUUGAAAACAGCCCUAUUAAAGAAAGCUGCAAAAUUGUAUGAAUUUUAGGAUUGCAAGGAGCCGGUUACCGGCAAGUCAUUUUAUGCCAUCGAAGGGAAACCAGCAUGUGCAAAAUGUGUCGGUGUUGAUGAGGAGGAUUGAAUACUAUUUGUUUCUACAACAUUAUAAAUGUAGAACUUUUAUUAUAAUACUUUCAUCACACACUAUUGUACAAUCAGAAUAUAACUUAUACUUUGUUGCAUGUUAAAUAAACAAUAUAUGUAUAUAUAUUAUGUAUACAUAUAUAUAUAUAUAUAUAUACAUAUAUAUAUAUAUAUAUAUUAUAUUAAAUUAUAUUAUAUUAUUAUGAAACUGUAUUGAUUUUUAUUGCUUCAUAUUUGGAACAACUUUUCAUAUUGACAGUCCUUGAGUUACUAUAAUAUUCUUAUUCUCCAGAGGAUAUAUUAAUAUAUGAUUUGAUUUUAAUAUAUUAUUGAAUACAUAUUCAAAAUAUAGGGUGAUUAUUUUACCAUACUCUAGAAAUAUACUUGGUAAAUUUUGGUUUCUCUCAAUCAUAAUGGAAUUGUUUAAGUUUCAUUUGUAUACAUUUUUAAAUUGUUACCCUUAUCUACUCCUUGAACCUGAAUUAAGUUUAAAAUUUUGAUUUUCAAACAACAAUGUUUACCCCCCUAAACAUUUUGAUAUUCGUAACACUAAUAUUUGAUUUAUCGAUUAUGAGUUAUACGGAUUUAGAAUUUAAACUUGGCGAGUAGGGAAGUCCCAAUAAAUUGAUCAUAAUACUGGUAAUGGAUUAUCAUAAAAAAAUCACCCUGUAUGUACUAAAAAUAAAAUAAAAAUAAAAAUGUAAUUACUGUCAAUUUGUUGUUGAUUAGUCUUGAUUUGAUACAUAAUACAACCCUGUAACUGAUCCAUAUGUUUACCUGUAUUCUUAUUGGCGUCUGUAUUUGCAGGACUGCCGUAUGCCAUUUGUAAGUGGCCAAUUCUUUGACCAUGAAGGUCAACCUUAUUGUGAAACACAUUACCACGCUAAACGUGGGUCUUUGUGUGCUGGAUGCCAUAAGCCAAUUGCUGGCCGCUGUAUAACUGCUAUGUUCAAGAAAUUCCAUCCGGAGCAUUUUGUGUGCGCUUUUUGCUUAAAACAGCUCAACAAGGGAACUUUCAAAGAACAAAAUGAUAAACCGUAUUGUCAUUCGUGUUUUGAAAAGUUAUUUGGAUAA